AUGAUCCAUGGGCAGAGUUACAGCCCAUCCCAGGCGACCUACAGACAGGCUUCUCUAGGCAAUCCUUUUUAUUGUGAACUGCCUGGGAGAGCAUUGUCCCCUAACCAGAAGGUCAUGGAGGGGAGAAGUAGGAGUCCCAGCUUGAGGGACAGCCCGGACAGAGGGAGCAACAGCCCAGAAUCUAAAAGUCCUCCCCCCAAAAUGGCCCGGUUGGAACAGAAUGGUAGCCCGACAGGAAUCAGGGGACGACCCAACGGCUCACUCAGCAAAUUCACUGGAGGCCUGAUGCUUCCAGUCUUCUGUGUAGUGGAGCAGAUGGACAGCAGGGAAGAACAUGCCGAGUUUGUACUAGUUCGAAGGGAUGUUCUUUUUAAUCAGUUGGUGGAGACGGCUCUCCUGGCGUUGGGAUACUCUCAUUCAUCAGCGGCUCAAGCUCAAGGAAUAAUUAAGAUCGGACGCUGGAACCCGCUGCCCCUCAGUUAUGUGACUGAUGCGCCGGAUGUGACUGUUGCUGAUAUGUUACAAGAUGUCUAUCACGUGGUAACACUGAAGAUCCAGUUACAGAGUUGUUCCAAGCUUGAAGACUUGCCUGCAGAACAGUGGAACCACGCCACAGUGAGAAAUGCCUUACGCAUGCUGUUGAAGGAGAUGAAUCAGAGUACCCUCGCCAAAGAUUGCCCCCUCUCUCAGAGCAUGAUCUCUUCCAUUGUAAACAGCACAUACUAUGCCAAUGUGUCUACUACAAAGUGCCAAGAGUUUGGAAGAUGGUAUAAAAAGUACAAGAAGAUGAAAGUUGAAAGAGACAACCUAACAGACUUCUGCUUAGUGGGCCCAAGACCAUCACACUUACCAAACAUCAACCAUUUGGCAAGUUUGGGAAAAAACAGCGAACCACCUCCUCACAGCCAGCUUCACCACAGUCCUCCAAUCAGAAGCCAGGUUCCAUCCUUGCAGCCUAUCAUGAGCCCUGGACUUCUUUCUCCGCAACUCAGCCCUCAGUUAGUAAGGCAGCAGAUAGCCAUGGCCCAUUUGAUAAACCAACAGUUAGCUGUCAGCAGACUUUUGGCUCACCAGCAUCCACAGGCCAUCAACCAGCAGUUUCUAAAUCACCCUCCCAUCCCAAGGCCUGUUAAGCCAGUAGAAUCUAUAAAUUCAUCUGUUGAGGUUUCUCCUGAUAUUUACCAGCAAGUCCGAGAUGAGCUGAAGAGAGCCAGUGUGUCCCAAGCUGUCUUUGCAAGAGUGGCAUUUAAUCGCACCCAGGGCUUACUCUCAGAAAUCCUUCGGAAGGAAGAGGAUCCCAGGACAGCAUCACAGUCUCUUCUAGUAAACCUAAGAGCCAUGCAGAACUUUCUGAACCUUCCGGAAGCAGAAAGAGACCGCAUUUAUCAGGAUGAGAGGGAGAGAAGCAUGAACCCAAAUGUGAGCCUGUUGUCCACAUCAUCUAACAGCCCAAGUUCAUCUAGGGUUCCACAGAUGAAAACCUCCAGCACUCCAACAUCAGACAUUCAGGUGAAAGUAGAAGGAGAAAGUUCCAAUGUCAACAUCACAGCUGCUGUUUAUGAUGAGAUUCAGCAGGAGAUGAAACGGGCUAAGGUGUCCCAAGCUCUUUUUGCCAAAGUAGCUGCUAAUAAAAGUCAGGGAUGGCUCUGCGAACUCCUCCGAUGGAAGGAAAACCCCAGUCCUGAGAACCGCACUCUAUGGGAGAACUUGUGCACAAUACGACGAUUUCUGGCGCUGCCUCAACAUGAACGAGAUGCCGUGUAUGAAGAGGAGUCAAGGCAUCAUCACAGCGAGCGACUCCAGCAUGUGGUACAGCUUACCCCUGAGCCAGUGCAGAUACUUUUAGGGCAACAGCCACAGCCAGCCAAAGAAACCUCACCUCCACGAGAAGAAGCUCCGACAGUUCCACCACCACCUGAAGACAGCUGCACCAAAAAGCCAAGAUCUCGCACUAAAAUUUCACUGGAGGCUUUAGGCAUACUUCAGAGUUUUAUUCAUGACGUAGGUCUCUACCCUGACCAAGAGGCCAUACACACUUUGUCAGCCCAACUCGAUCUGCCUAAACACACCAUCAUCAAAUUCUUCCAGAACCAACGCUACCAUGUCAAACACCAUGGCAUACUCAAGGAGCACUUGGGAAUAGCGGUGGAUGUGGCAGAAUACAAAGAUGAGGAGCUGUUGACAGAAUCAGAGGAAAAUGACAGCGAAGAAAGCUUGGAAGACAUGUAUACAGUUGAACAGAAUGAGGAUAAUAGUGGAAAAACAAAAUCUAAUGUAUCUGAUGUGGACCAGAGAUAA